AUGGCACUUGCUAGAUUAGAGACCUCCGAGGAGGCGGAGUUUAUGGGUAUUCUCCAAGCGUGGAGGUUCAGAAAAAGCAAGCCCGCACUCGUUCGAGGCCUACAGAAGAUCACGAAGCUGUGCUGUGGCGAAAACCAUGUCCUGGCAUUGGACGUGCAAGGACAAGUCUAUGCUUGGGGCUCAGGACAACAAAACCAGCUCGGGCGUAGACUCAUUGAAAGACACAUGGAUCAAAAACGCAGCUUGACGCCUGAGAAGGUCCGGCUGCCCAAAGGGAUCGUCGAUAUAGGCGCUGGACAGUUUCAUUCCUUCGCAGUACACCAAAAUGGAGAUGUCUAUUCCUGGGGGCUCAACAAUUUCGGGCAAACUGGCCAACCUCUUCGACAAGACGAAACAGAUUCAGAUGCCCAUCUACCCCAAAUAGUGAAAUCACUGCAACAGAUUGGCAAAAUCAUUUCUGUCACAGGUGGUAAUCAUCACUCCCUGGCAAUCACAGAUGGUGGCGAGUGCCUGGCUUGGGGACGAGUCGACGCUGGCCAAACGGGACUCAAACUUGAUCGACUACCACCUCAGCACUUGGUCCUGGACUUUCGAGGCCGCCCAAGGAUUUUGACUGUGCCAACUCCCGUGCGGGGCAUCGACGCUGUCUUGGCUGCUGCAGGGACUGAUCAUUCUCUUGCCCUAAGUCGUGAGGGAAAGGCGUAUUCUUGGGGCUUCAAUGAAUACUGUCAAACAGGCGUCAGCUCGGAGAACCAAGUCGACGAAGCUACCAUGCUGGACUCGAAAGCAAUCAAGGAGAAAAAAGUGGUUUGGGCAGACUGUGGUGGACAAUUCAGCGUGAUUGCGGCGCUGCCCGGAACCAUCAAUCACUCGACGACAGCCAACGGGAUUAAUGGACAGAUGUAG